AUGGACCUUGACGCUGGAGAUUCCCCUUGGGGUGAUGUCCCUUCACAAUCAGAUGCCACCAAAAGUCCUGCCAGAGAAGACAAACCCUCUAAUGCACCUUCGCCUGCCAACCCUUCCCAACCCGACUCCCAAACCAGCAACCCACCAAGAUCUCCUACCUCCCGGAAACUGCCCGCUCGCAAGAUUGGAGCGCAGCCGACCCGGCUAGAGACUGUUGAUGGCUCACAUGAUCCACUGGGACCCCUAGGGGUCGACGAGCCAGCAUUUCCUUCCGCAUCCUCGUCGUCAGAGCAGGCUCCCACUCCACCACGAAAAGAGUCAAGCCAGACACGCAAUACAAGACUGUCAGGAGGUGCUCAGCAAGCGUCCUCCAGCCGUAGUGCUGCCGAAGCCGCCGAACGUGAUGACUCAAGCAAUCUACCAAGGAGGACAAGAGGCCCGCCGCCAGUUCAGCCGGCAGGAGUCGGCAGCCUUCGGCAGACACAGCCAAGUGUAAGCAUUGAGCAAGCUGCCAAACCGUCCUUCGAUAUCACAGUGGGCGAUCCACAUAAAGUUGGCGACAUCACCAGUAGCCACAUCGUUUAUCAAGUCCGGACGAAGACUACGUCGAAAGCAUACCGCCAACCAGACUUCGCUGUUUCACGCAGGUACCGCGACUUUCUAUGGCUUUACAACUCUUUGCACAACAACAACCCUGGCAUUGUAGUACCGCCUCCACCAGAAAAGCAGGCUGUUGGUCGAUUUGAUUCCAAUUUCGUCGAAUCGAGACGGCAAGCGCUAGAGCGAAUGCUGAACAAAAUAGCACAUCAUUCUGUCCUCCAGCACGAUGCCGAUCUCAAAAUCUUCCUCGAAAGCGAUGCUUUUAGUCUGGAUGUGAAGAACAAGGAGAAUAGGGAACCUGAUCUGGGUCAGAAUAAAGGUAUGUUUAGCUCGCUCGGCAUCAAUGUAGGCGGAGGUGGCGGGAAGUUCGUUGAACAUGACGACUGGUUUCAUGAUCGGAGGAUUUAUCUUGAUGCUCUCGAAAAUCAAUUGAAAGCUUUACUCAAAGCGAUCGACACGGUGGUAUCCCAGCGCAAAGGUCUGGCCGAAGCUGCAGGUGACUUUGCCGCUUCCUUGAGCUCUCUAGCCGCCGUGGAGCUCUCGCCGUCUCUUUCCGGGCCACUGGCUGGACUAUCGGAUAUUCAGUUACGAAUACGAGAAUUGUACGAACGACAGGCGCAGCAAGAUGUCUUGACUCUAGGCAUCACCAUUGAUGAGUAUAUCCGCCUGAUAUCGUCAAUCAAGCAAGCAUUCCAACAACGUCAGAAAGCAUAUCACUCAUGGCACAAUGCGGAAAGUGAGCUGCAGAAACGCAGAAAUACACACGAAAAAUUGCUACGACAAGGGAAAAGCCAACAGGAUAAGUUGAAUGAAGUGGGAGCUGGCGUUGCAGAUGCUGAGAGGAGAGCUCAUUCAGCAAGAUUGUUGUUCGACGACAUGGGAAGACUAAUGCGUGGGGAGCUGGAACGAUUUGAAAGGGAGAAGGUGGAGGAUUUCAAGAGCGGAGUGGAAACAUUCCUCGAGGGUGCUGUGGAGGCACAGAAGGAGCUGAUUGAACUUUGGGAAACCUUCUUGAUGCAACUUAACGCAGAGGAAGGCGGGGAUCCCUUCCACAAACCACCUGCCCAGCCUUCAACUGGAGAGAUAUCGAAACCGGACGAGGCCGCCCAAAAGCCGGCUUCAAGUCAAGACAAUGAUGUCGAAGCCGCUGCGACCGCCACUAUCGAGCAGGAAGCUUAA